GAGGGUUCAGUAGAUACAGUAAGUCCUCUGACAGUAUGGGGGGAGGGUUCAGCAGAUACAGUAAGUCCUCUGACAGUAUGGGGGGAGGGUUCAGCAGAUACAGUAAGUCCUCUGACAGUAUGGGGGGAGGGUUCAGCAGAUACAGUAAGUCCUCUGACAGUAUGGGGGGAGGGUUCAGCAGAUACAGUAAGUCCUCUGACAGUAUGGGGGGAGGGUUCAGCAGAUACAGUAAGUCCUCUGACAGUAUGGGGGGAGGGUUCAGCAGAUACAGUAAGUCCUCUGACAGUAUGGGGGGAGGGUUCAGCAGAUACAGUAAGUCCUCUGACAGUAUGGGGGGAGGGUUCAGCAGAUACAGUAAGUCCUCUGACAGUAUGGGGGGAGGGUUCAGCAGAUACAGUAAGUCCUCUGACAGUAUGGGGGGAGGGUUCAGCAGAUACAGUAAGUCCUCUGACAGUAUGGGGGGAGGGUUCAGCAGAUACAGUAAGUCCUCUGACAGUAUGGGGGGAGGGUUCAGCAGAUACAGUAAGUCCUCUGACAGUGUGGGGGAGGGUUCAACAGAUACAGUAAGUCCUCUGACAGUAUGGGGGGAGGGUUCAGCAGAUACAGUAAGUCCUCUGACAGUAUGGGGGGAGGGUUCAGCAGAUACAGUAAGUCCUCUGACAGUAUGGGGGGAGGGUUCAGCAGAUACAGUAAGUCCUCUGACAGUAUGGGGGGAGGGUUCAGCAGAUACAGUAAGUCCUCUGACAGUAUGGGGGGAGGGUUCAGCAGAUACAGUAAGUCCUCUGACAGUAUGGGGGGAGGGUUCAGCAGAUACAGUAAGUCCUCUGACAGUAUGGGGGGAGGGUUCAGCAGAUACAGUAAGUCCUCUGACAGUAUGGGGGGAGGGUUCAGCAGAUACAGUAAGUCCUCUGACAGUAUGGGGGGAGGGUUCAGCAGAUACAGUAAGUCGUCUGACAGUAUGGGGGGAGGGUUCAGCAGAUACAGUAAGUCCUCUGACAGUAUGGGGGGAGGGUUCAGCAGAUACAGUAAGUCCUCUGACAGUAUGGGGGGAGGGUUCAGCAGAUACAGUAAGUCCUCUGACAGUAUGGGGGGAGGGUUCAGCAGAUACAGUAAGUCCUCUGACAGUAUGGGGGGAGGGUUCAGCAGAUACAGUAAGUCCUCUGACAGUAUGGGGGGAGGGUUCGGCAGAUACAGUAAGUCCUCUGACAGUAUGGGGGGAGGGUUCGGCAGAUACAGUAAGUCCUCUGACAGUAUGGGGGGAGGGUUCGGCAGAUACAGUAAGUCCUCUGACAGUAUGGGGGGAGGGUUCGGCAGAUACAGUAAGUCCUCUGACAGUAUGGGGGGAGGGUUCAGCAGAUACAGUAAGUCCUCUGACAGUAUGGGGGGAGGGUUCAGCAGAUACACGAGUGACCGGUAUGAUUCUAGCAGCUCUGGCGGUAAUGAGGGAAGCAGCAGAGGGAAGUGGGAUGAGGACUGGAAGAGAGACCAAGGCCAGUUUCCCUUCAGUGACAAACUGGGGGAGAUCAGUGAUAAGAUUGGCAGCACCAUCGAUGACACAAUCAACAAGUUCAAGAAGCAGAGCAGAGAUGACUCACCAGACAGAUUCAGUGACAACGAGGAGGAGCGAGGUCGCCCGUCGCAGAAUGGCCAGUCUGGGAGGUCAGUGUUCAAAGACGAGGAGGAAACCGUAACGACCAAGAGCGUCCAGAUCGUCCAGGCAACAGAAACCACCGCAACCAAGAAGAGAGGCGGGGUUCCAUCCAAAACUGUGUCCCUGGGAGCCGCAGCCCACUACACAGGAGACAAGAGCCCUGAUACCUCUGCAAAACAGACUCUGUCCGCAGUAGCACCCCAGGCCUCCAGUAGUGGUCUGGCUGACCUAUUGAUGGUAGAUACAGGACCCAGCCAGCCUGCAGCAGCCACCGACCUGAUAGGAGGAUUUGCUGAUUUCUCUUCUCCUGCUGCCUCUGUCGGUCUCUCCACAGUACCUGCCUCCAGUGGGAACGGUGACUUUGGGGACUGGAAUGCUUUCCCUGGUGGCCAGGCCCCCGUCCCCACCCCCUUUGCCCAACCUCUGGCCCCCAGCAACACUGACCUGUUUGGGGCUCUGUCGGCCAGCUCUGCACCAGCUCCAGCCUCCGCUGACCUGUUUGAUCUGAUGGGUCCAGGUCAGACCCAGUCGCUCUCUGCCUCUCAGAGCCUCACCUUUAAUAUGACCAACACACAGACCAUCAGCAGCACCAUGCCACAGUCCAGAUCACUGUUGAUGGGCGGGCCGUUGCAGCCCCAGCAGCAUGAAGUCAUGCUGGGUACCAUGGGGUCAGCGAUCCCCUCCACCUGGUCUGACUCGUCGGUCAACAUCAGUCUGGACUUCCUGGCACCUGGCGUGCAGCCCCCCAAACCUGUCCAGCCCACCCUCAACACACUCCAAGGAGGCCAGCCCCUCCCACCCGUCAACAUGCUCUCCCAGGGAUUCGCCGGCAUGGGCCUCGCAACCGCCCCCAUCAGACCGGCAACAACACCCAUGAUGCACCCUGGUGCUGGGAUGGGCAUGGCCCACAGCCAGGGCAUGAUGGGAAUGGGCAUGAACAUGGGUUCCAUGCCCCAGGCUAACAUGACCAUGGGCAUGCCUGGUGCUAUGGGCAUGGGGAUCAGGAUGCCAGCCAUGUCUAUGGGCUCUGGCAUGGUACAGCAGCAGCCCAAGCAAGGAUUGGACGCAUUUUCAGAUUUCUGCAACUUCAGGAAGUGAGGGAAGAGAAGUGAAAGAGAGGAGGGAGGGCUGUUGUUUCUAUUUUUCUCUCCAUCCAAUCGACCGUCUGUGAAGGAUUGUAAAGAGCUGCAAACAAAGAGUACUUGAAUGUUGUCAAAUAUCAAAUACUGACUGCCACCCCUCCACUUCCUGUUUCUCUCUUUUAAGUGAUGUAUAGAGAUAUGAAUGUAUGUAUGUUUUAAAAAGUUGGAACUUGGAAUCAAGUUCCAAGAGGGUGUCCAGUAAUGGUUGUGUGCUGUUCGGGUUUGAAUCGGAGAGAAAGAGAGAACAACUAAGAGGGAGGGAGUGAGAAACCGUAACAGAAUGAGACUCAGAUUUUUUACUUUGAAAUGUAAGCCAAACAAAAACCAAUGAUUUCAAAGUUAAACAACCCAUACAAUUAUAUGUACAAGGAUGACUUUUAAACUUGUAUGGCUUAACUUUGCAAUAAUGUUGUUUUGAAUUGCAUUUUAAAAAUCAUUCUGUUACCAUGGAAUUGCCCAUAUGAAUCUUCCUUGAAGACAAUGUCAGUAGAGGUUUUGCUUUCCUUAACCAUUUUAAAUGUCCAGAGUAGGAAAAAGAUAGUUUCAUAUCAUAACCCCACCCCAAUAACUCCCCAUCUCUUUUAGAAUGUUACCUCGACCUGUCCCUUCCCUACGACUGUAAAUAUUACUAUAAUGCAACGGACAAAUAAGUUAUUGAGUUCUUGACUAUGAUAUGAUGAUGCCGUGAAGAAGUGUGUGUCGAUUGGACGGAAUCAGAUGUCAAUCAAGACGUUGCUAUGGCAAGGUACAUUGCGAUGGAGUCGGUCUUUUAAUACUUACUUUAUAUAUCAGCGUUCCACACUCCCAAUGUGGAAUUUCUGUUCAAUAUUAGAUUUAACAGAUCAAUCAAUCGUUUAUUGAUGGAUGGAUUUAAUAAGUGAAUGAAUGAGAAAUGAUUAAAAGCUGUUAAAUGAGGAAGCUGUGGUAAUGAUAACACAGAUCUCCUUUGUGGCCUUUCUUAUGGGUAUAUAUUUUUUAAAGAACUAUAACCUUUUUUUUUUCCUUGCAUCCAAGUAAGAUAAUCAGUAGCUGUAGGAACAACCUCCUGGUGGGCUGUGUUCUUUAAGUUCAGCACAUGGUGCCUGUGAGACGGAGGCCUUUUUCCUUCAUUAUAACUUACAGGAGACAGACGAUACAGUGGUUAGGAGUCUACAGCACAGUAUGUAUGUGUGGUUCUUACUGUGCCCUCUGGGAGUAGGGGAAGUUGCCCCUAGAUGCUGAUCCUGGUUCAGUUUUGCACCCCCCCACCCCCCCACCCACACUCCCAAUGGUUGGGAUUGUGAGAGGGGAAGCUGAUCCUAGAUCUGUACUUGGGGGAAACGUCACCCCAGAGCAUACAGUAUCUCUGAAGGAGGUUUCUCAGACGGUCCAGAUUAAGGAGAGGAUUUUUGGGGUGUUCAUCCCAUAUAGCACCCUAUUCACUUUGUAGUGCACUACUUCCAACCAGGGCCCAUAGGACUCGGCUCAAAUAUCGUGCACUAUAUUGGACAUGGGUGCAAUUUGGGAUGCACACUCUGUACAUGUUGAAGUCAGGACCAUCUGUACCAGGCCAGUGAAGUACCUCACAUGUAGACUCCUCAGGCGCAGUCUUCCAUGAGUUGGGGUCAAUUCCAUUUCAAUUCUGGAGGUACACUGAAAUUCCAAUUGUCUUCAAUUAGAUAUUUUACAAUUUGGUUUACUUUAUGAAUUGACCCCAACCCUGCACACACAGUAGUCUGUCUGAGAGGAGGCAUUACCUGUUGGAAACGACCAAAAUCUAUCCACCCUUGUUUGUUUUUUCUAAGAGAUUAUGUCUUUAGGGGGUUGUUUAUUCUCUCGUUUUAUUUAAUUUUUUUCUACUUAUUACAAUUGUUCUGAGAUCUUUGGUAAUGUGGGAUUGUUACUGGAAAGAAAACACUAGUUCAUGCAAAUGUGUAAAAAGAACAAGCGAAGCAUCACCAAGGAAAGAAGCCUUGAAGAUGUCGUUUUUCUUUUUGUUUGAUUUGAUUGGCCCAUCAUGAUCCUGUAUCUGACAUUAAAACAGUUGAUUACA